CCAGAGAAAGCGUUCAACAAAGAGUCGACGGCGACUGUGCAGGACCCCUCGCUGGUGCCGCCAUCGCCAUUCCCCCAAGGCUCCGCACCGCCGUUGCUAUCGCCAUCCACCUCCGUCCCGCAACCACCCCGCACUGCUCCUUCGUGGCGCUGCCGCCUCCACUUCGUGAGCCCCACCACGCCGUUGGACAUCGGGGCCGCCCAUUACAGCACCGUUUACCCUCGCCUGUGCUCCAUCGAGUAUAUCGUGGCCGCCGCAACGUGUGUGGGAACGAUGCUUUACGGGUUUGCAGUGCUGCAGUCGUUCUGCUACAGGAAUUUCUUCUCGUACCAGUGGGACAUCGUCGAUCCGAAUCCCUUCUUUGGACGCAUGGGCUCCCAAGGCUACGACAAUAGCAUGGACGAUCAGUGGGUCGGGUUCGUCACUCAUUACAAGCGUUUUCUUGGUCUGGCCCUGCUGCUGGCGGGCUUUUCUGGGUUCUAUCGAGCGCUGCUCUCUUACACAACGCCAUCUGGAUCCCCCAUCCCCUCUGACAACACGGCCUGCUCAUCACUCUCGGCGAGCAGCAAGUGCUCAGUGUCGCUGGACGGCCAUGUGAAGGUGUGGGCGCCACCGAAAUGGUUGGAUAAGCUACGCUCACGCGCGCGCGCUCUCGGCUCACCCUCAGCUGCACAGAGGAGGUGCACCGCCUUUCUGCAGCGCUCUUGGAUCCUGCCCGCCUUCUACACCAUUGCGGGCGUCGUCUUCGUUAUCUUUGUGCACGGCCCGCACGUUUUCCUCCCGCUGCUCAUCAUCAUCGCCAACUACGUCAUCUUCUCGCGGCUGCAGCGCUGGUGCCCCUACUGGCUGUUCAUGGUCAUCAUGUGGUCCACGCACGUCGCUCUCCUGUACCUCAUCGAGGUCAACGAGGGGUUCGAGCAGACGUACUGGGUGCAGUACUGCACUUUGUCUAUUCUGUCGAGCCUGACAGCCAUUCUGGGUGAUGCAGAAGUGCUUCCUUUGGAGCAGCGGAUGCGCUGGUCCGUAGCCUUCCGCAUGUCGACGCUGCGCCUCAUCGCCUUCAACUACGACCUGUGGGAGGCCACGCACGCCGCCGCACGCGCGCGCGACCGUGCCACGGCGAAGCACGACGCCGGCUGCGUCGAGUGCGCGCAGCUGCGCGAGCAGAACGCGGCGUCGGCGGCCGCGCUGCCCGCCGAGGCGUCGCGCUGCUACAAGUACCGCACCGAGUACGCGCGCGACCCCGCCGACUACAACUUCCUGAACUACGCCGCCUACGUGCUGUUCCCGCCACUGUACCUUGCCGGGCCAAUGUCGUCCUUCAACGCCUUCGUGUCGCACAUGCGCGUGCCGAGCACGUCGAUGCCGCUGCGCAAGAUGGCGAGGUACGCGUUUGGCAUCCUCCGCAUCUACAUCACGGAGUACACGCUGCUGCACUUUGUGCACAUCCCAUGCCUCGGCUCGUACGCCUUCGUGAUCCUUCGGAUGACCUUGCUGGAGCAGGCGCAGUUCCUGUUCUACAUGCUGGCCUACCUGUGGUUGAAGUUCAGCUUUAUAUGGAAGUCGUCACGGCUCCUCGCCAUGUUCAGCGGCAUCGAAGUUCCGGAGGACAUGCGGCGCUGCUUCGGCAACACGCUGACGGUGCGGGACUUCUGGCGCGACUGGCACGCAUCCUUCAACCUGUGGAUCGUGCGGUACAUGUACAUCCCGAUGGGUGGCCGCAGCCGCGUCGCGCUGUCGGUGCUGCCGAUCUUCCUGUUCAUUGCGGUGUGGCACGACCCUGCGCUGCACCUUGUCAAGUGGGCGGUGUGCAUUGCCGCGAUGUUCGUGGCGGAGGUGGCGGUGAGCGUGUGCUUUGGGUGGGCCGCCGCGGCGUUCCGGCGCGAGAUGGCCGCCGCGGCACCGACGGGCGCAGUAAGUGAUGCUGCGUUGGACAGCGGCCGCCCCGCGAACUGCGCGCCGCGCCGUAGUCUGCUGGCACGGCUGGCGAGGCUCUCUGCGCGUCGCUUGAGCCCGCUCGCGCAAUCGUGGGUAUACCGCCAAUGUCGAGUGGUAGCUGGCAUGACCACAGUGUUCGGGCUGAUCGUUGCGAACUUGGUGGGUUUCUCGAUGCAAAAUGCGGUGGCGACCGUGGAGAAGCACGGCCUACCGUCGUCGGGGACCGAUGCCGACGAUGUGAUCAAGAAGGCGUUUCACAGCAUCACGCCCCUCUUUACUCUAGGCCUGAUUGCCUUCAUGUACUCUAUGUCCGCCCUGGCGGCGAUGGAUCGCGACAUGGCCCGCCAGCAAACAUCAUACUUGAAGCUGCUCUAUAGACUGAAGCAGUAG